GCAUCCAGCCUCAAAUCCUCAAACCUGUCUUCGCAACCCUUGCGCAUGUGGCACGAGUUCGUCGAAACAUCAAAUUUCAGCGCUGCGUUGCCUCUUUACGUGCAGAAGACCAAGAAGGAGGAGGCGCUGUGGAAGAUGUUGUACUAGACGGAGACGAAGAAGGUCUAUCAACACUGAUCGUGGAGGAUAACGACUUGGACUCAUCUCCCAAAGUAGAAACAAACUCAUCGUUACAGACUUUGGAAACAGGGCACAACGAAAGUGCAACGGGCGUCGUAGAAAUGAAGAGGAGUCUUGGCACGAUUCGGGAUGUCGACGCUUACGAAAAAUUUCUUUUGUUAUGUCAUGAUCUUCUACGAGCUGAAGUCUUUUCUUCACGAAAGAGGAUUUCUUGCCUUUUACUGAUCUAAUAUCACAAACAAAAGACCGUUGGCGAACCGAGAAGGAGAAAGGGGUGCUGUCCCUAGGCGGUGAAAUCGGUGAAAAUGCCGACACGGUUUUGUUGCGGAGUGGGCGACGGAUCAAAAGGUCCGAACAAACUGCUUACUCGAGACUUUUCGGCGGGAAAUCGGAGAGAACGAAAAGCAAGAGGAUAAAUCCGAAAACUGGAAAGCUUUGGACAAAGCCUGAAGCUAUUAGGCGGCUACUCGCAGCAGCAUUACAGGGUGCGGCAAGGCAUGGAGUGUUGGAUCAACAUUAAGAAGAACAUUGUUAGUACUACCGAUUGAAACAGAAACUGGUGUUACAACUCCUGACUCAGAUUAUACAUAGUAGAUGAUGGCUGAGUGACUGAAUCCAUUAAGGUGUUAAUACAACACCUUGAUGGAUACAGUCAGAUGACGUAACGGCUACAAGAACACUGUAGCCGUUACGUCAGUUCCAAUCCCUUCUAACUGCACGACGCAUCACCUUUCCGUCGCACCUUUGGACGUGGCUUGCGUCGUCGAGGACUGGAAUUCCUCUUCAGGAGAAACGAGCAUUUUGACGAGAAAAGGGAAAAUCCGGAAGAGUUCAUGCUACUAGCGAAAGGCGACACGCACUACAACGCAUUCAGGAGUAUCCAGUGGAGCUAUCUAGAAUUCGCGACGCAGGAUCUAGUAGAGGAGACCUAUGAGAAUUGUCAUGCACAGACGAGGACGAAACUCCACGUUAGUGAAGAGGAACUUUUUUCGACGCCAGUCGUGAAAACAACUACUCGUACAUCUAGUAGUCAAGAAGAAGAAGCUUUUAAAAAGGAGGACUCAGACGCAGACCACUCUAGUACUGCGGAGAAGUCUAUGCUCCCAAUGGCUGAAGUGUAUGCUGAUACGUGUUGCCACCUACUAGAACGAGCUGAGGGAGAUAUGCUCGCGGAUGCUUGGGGCGCAUACGUAGAGUCAAGAAGGAUGAAUCGCGGACUGGUCCAUAGAUUCUAUCGAGAACCGCACAAACGGUGGUUGUCGUCUCCGCCAAAGUUAAGGGUUUCCGAAUUACAUCCCUCACUACCAUCCUUGGCUCCUUUUCAAGGGCGAAAUAGGUCAAGGAUGUUCUGAAGAAUGCAAUUCGGCAACCUCUAACAAAGGCCGCUUUCUACAACCCUGUUCCUGGUCUUGGCAAGCAUCUAGGACCUAUUCCCGUGGUGUAUCAGCCGAAAAGCCCAAGCUCGCCGUUGUUGAACCACACGGCUGGCAUGCACAACCUGCUGGGGUCACGAGUGGACAUGGUGUUGAUGCACCACUUGGAAUCAGGAACAGAAGAUUUAGCUGGUGGCAUUACACUGCUAAAGAACGAGCUACAAUUGAAUUACGCGGAUGAUAUCCGCUUGGUGGAAUCGAACUACCGGAAAAUGGUGCGAUCAGCAGAGGGCGGUCGUGGAGGUUUGACGAACAAAGAAGAGGACCAUAUUAGAAAUUACUACAAGACCAUCCUCGAACUGGAAGCUCUAGACGUCCCGCCAAGUCCGAUACCUACCCUACACCGAUGGCUAGAGAGCCCUCUCUUUGCUAUGUUGGAACGACAUGCCUUGCCUAGAAAACUGAAAGACAUACCUGUCUCGCACCACGAAGUGCAGAACUACCUCUACACUCAUGGAGCCAAGCCACCACGAGUUGUGCCGUUCUUCUACUAUGUUGGUGCGGAAUACGGAUAUAAUAGUAGUAACUUCUUGUGGAAAUAAAUGUUGAUCCUGGAUCACUCCUGUUGUUGUAAAAACUUGCUGAAAAGCUGCAUGUUGCUAGACCAGCAACAUUUUAUCGGUACUAGAAGAUGAUGAAGAUGUUCAUCUAGAUGGAAAUUUCUAUUCAUCUUCAGCCGCCUCUUCUAAUCAUUCGUCCUCCCAACCCGCGAUCUGAUCGCCGAUUCUGUCCGCCGCAUGCACGCUCUCGACUGUCCAAUAGCAAAAAUCAUGGAGGAACACAGGGCUCAAACCGACCUUUUCCUGGAAGUAGGUGGCUUCUUUGGCGAUUGCAUAGUAGGAGCGACCAUCAGCGGAUGGGCACGAUACGGUGUAAUUGAGUUAGACGGUAGUGUACCAGCGAUUAAGGUAUUGAACAAAACCAUAGACAGCCUGUUCUUGAAGACGCGGACGCAUGUCCCGGCGUUUCCGUCCAACGACUAUGUUUUUGCGCAUGACGUAUCGCAUGAAACGGUGAGAACUCUGAGAGAGGAAGACUACGAGAACUCGACAACUACGAGAAGACCUAGUGCGGAUGAAGAUGCAGGUGAACAACAUGAAGCGACAUCUACUUCAACUUCUCCAUCUUCAGAGUCAACAUCAAUCUCUUCAGGAGCGCCAACACCAACUACAACCUCCAUGUUGACCAAGCCUCCUUUCGCGGCAGAAUUGAAUGCCUUGACUAGUGGUAAGUUUUUGAUCCGUGCAGCAGCCAUGUUUGUCUCCGAUCGAUCGGGUUGGUUCAGGCCAGCUGCAAGAAGAAAACUAGUGUCUUCAGGCCGUAACGUAGCAGAGGAAUUUGCUCAGGGUGCAAAUAGCUUCUCAGGCUUGACUUCGUGGCAGCCUUGUCAAGGGGAAGAGUAUCAGGAUGAGAUGGAUCGGAUUUUAGGAGGAUCUAAGGACACCGCAGCACCCGCAGCAGGAAUAAACACCAAAGCUCAAGUUCUUCUCCCAUCUCGACGAAGCUGCGUACUCUUCGAAACCGUGGACGGCUUUCUGGACAAGAUCAUCUAUCCGAACUUCUUCAGGCUACACCAAGGCCGAUUUCCGGUGAGCGAAGAGGAGUUUGGGGUACGCAGUAGAGGGCAAGAAGUAGGAGGCGUCGCGUCUACUCCUCUGAGUGGUCCAGCAACACCCAGAUACGCCGAAGACUUCCUCCAACAAGGCAUUCUACGUGUCGGCGUCCGCAUCAAGGUGAGCGGCACAGAGCACGAUGUCAUUCGUGGGAUGAAGGAGACCUUGAAAAACGUGUAUUGGCUACAUGUGGCCAUCAUGCCUGAGUGCUUUUGCGAAGCGGAGAUCAUGCGAAUCAUGACGGGACAAGAGGAUAAGAACCAGAUGAAGGAAGUAGAUCCUGAUGAUGCUCAUAAUAAGCAUGUUGUUCAACAUGAUCCUGCUUUGUAUAACUUUGAAGUCGUUUCAAGGAUUCAAAACAACUUCAAGGAAGUGCUGAUUUUGUUUAGGAAAAGAAAACGUGGGACUGCGCCCUAGUAGUCGGCAGUAUCUUAUUUUCGUGGACUAGAAUACAACAUCAAAGUUCUUGUUCUACUAUCAUUCAUCGUUUUUUCUCUUUCAGUUUAAUUUCUACUCCGUCUUCUUAAUCUAAUCAUCAAACAAGGUCAAAAAAAUUGUCAUAAUAUGAUGUGGUCAGCGACCAAAUGAAGUUAUCCUCUCGAUUAUGGUGUUGAUGUGAAUAUUUCAGCCAGUCAUUGGUACUGCGCACUUGCUUUGUUGUCUAAAGCAU